AUGUCAGCUGCGACGAAGGCACGGUCGACUGGUAUUCCAACGCCUGGACGGUUACGCUCCUAUUCUUCUUCAGCUUCGACGCAGGAACCUCUUCCAACGGACUUUGAGACGUCAAAUAGAGCGUUCCAAGAUGCCAUGAAAUCGAAUGAUCCCGCUCGAUAUACAGGUCGUUCUGUUUCUGCGAACAACCCUGCUCCGCGCCCUCCUUCCUCUGCCUCAGGCUCCAACAUAGUUUCACGUCCAAGGACACCUAGUAGUCAGUUCGGAAAACCCACGCCGAGACAUUCGGAGAGUCGACAAUCCGAUGCACACUUGCGCAAGCACGGUGCCUUUGCCGAGGGUGACGACGUUAGGAUUGAAAGUUUAGGCUUUGAAGGAAAACUCCGUUAUGUUGGAGAGAUUGAAGGGAAGCCUGGCAUAUGGGCUGGUGUAGAGCUGUGUGGAGGUUUUGUAGGACUAGGAAAGAAUAAUGGUUGGGCCGGAAAAAAGCAAUAUUUCUCGUGCCCAGACAAAUGUGGGGUCUUCGUUGCAUAUAACAAGCUAUCUGCACCGACAGUAAUGAGAGGGACACACUCAAGAUCUUCGUCCGUUGCUUCAUCGAGGGCUUCUCUUCCUGGUCCGGGUCGGAUUACACCUUCGUUAGCCGGUCGCACUACUUCUACAAUUCAGAAUGGACGUGUUACACCAGCAAAGAGCAAUGGACGAGUAACUCCUUCGUCGAGCCUUGAACUGUCUUCGGGUAUGACACGCAUAGCUCCGAGACCGUCAUUAUUCAACCCUACUUCGGCUACGAACACUCCUUCUGCGACCGCAAUGAGCAAGAUCACCGCAGGCAGCCGAGCAAGUAAGUAUGUCGGUAUGACAGCCCAGCAACUGUCUGCCCGAUCGCAGAAAACAUUAGCUCCUGGAAGCCCAUCUCGAAAAAGUAUUGGUCUUGGAAGUCCGACACGUCGUCGUGGUCCUCCAAGUCCUUCACGCUCCGAUUCGAGAAACUCGUCAGGAGGAACACCGAUCGGAGGCACUCCCAAACCAGCCACGCGUCUUAGCUUCGGAAUGGGCACGCCGAAGGGCUUCGGCUCUGGAAGGCCAUCGCUCACAACACCAAGAGCUCGUAUACCAUCUGCUGUUGCUAUGCCUCCGCCCCCGUCACCGACCAGUGGUGGUGGCGCAGGUCAACGAAGUAUUUCACUCAACGAUAAACCCGUUACUCCUACAUUCAGUACUACGAGCAACGAGACUGCUGUCGACGAUGAAGGGAUUGAAAGUCUGGUCAGCAUCCAAAACAACAGCAAGGCUUUGAAGGACAAGAUCCAGAGCAUGUUAGCAAGUAGACCACAACGCUCCGAAUCACCGUCCCGCGCUUCCAACACACAUGGAAUGGAGGAAGACUCCGUUUUUGGUCACCCGAAGUUGGAUGCAUCGUUACAGGCGUUACAAGAGCGAGUGGACAGCCUCGAACGAGAGAAUUUACAGCUCAAGUCAGAGCUAGAGGCGUCUCAAUCUUCGCAAUCAAAGGCAGGCGGUAUCGAGACAAUCACGUCCGAAAGAGAGCAGGCCCUAGACAGAAUCAAGGAUCUCGAGUCUCAACUGAAAUCAUCUGAGCGAACAAUGGACGAGCGUAACUCCAAAAUCGAGUCACUGGAACGGUCCGUGCAAACAUCAACAACAGCUCUACAAGCCCAACGCGCAGAAGAUGAAAGUCGCUUGAAUGACUUGCAAUCCAAGCUAGACGAAUCACAAUCUUUAAUCACCAGCCUCAAGGAUGCAAUUGAAGCCAAGUCUAACGAGGCAGGCCAGAACGAAGGUAUUAUACAGGCCAAAGACGCAGAGAUCAACCUUUUGGAAGGACGCGUGAAGAAAGCCAGCUCGGAAUUAGAUGACGUCCGGAAGGACCUCACAGCUCAGAUCGAUGAACUGAGGCAUGCCGGCCAAGAAACUAUUGCAUUGUACGAAGAGCGACUCGCUGCUGCGGAUUCAAGACGGUACCAGUUGGAAGAUCUGGUCGACAGACUAGAAGAGCAACUGAAACGACGCACAAGCCUGUCAAAGAGCCAGAAUAGUGUCAAGCACGAAUCUGCGGAAGCUAUGCGAAUUGAUAACGAAGCUCUACGUGAGCAGGCGGUGCAUUUGCAGAAGAGAAUUACGAGCCUUGAAGAUAUGCUCGAAGAAGCACGCGGUAACCUCGAGCGAGAGGAAUCCAACGCACGUGCGAGAAUCCAAAGGCACAAGGAACACGAAGCAGCCCUCCGUGCAGAACUCGUGGAGACAAGAGGCGAGGUUGAGAGGUUGGUCAAGAGCGAAUCAUCUGCUCGCGUGAAGGCCGAGGAGGCCGAAGAGGCCCUAAGAGAGAACACUAUUACGCUCGAGAACGCACAAGCAGAGAUUGAAGGGCUGAGAGCAGAAAUUGCAUCACUAGAGAACAUACAGGCUCGCAAUUCAUCGGAACGAUCACGGAGCGAGGAAUCCUCUCGUAUUCUAUCGAUCGAGCGCGAGCGACACAGUGAAGAGGUAGCCCAACUAAAAGAUCUCCUUGAAGUGACUCGUUCUGCACGAAAGGAAGCAGUACAAGACCUCGAUGCUGCCAAACAGGACGCGCUUAAUACAUCGAACUCGCUCUCAAGUCUCAAGCAGGCCGUAGAGGAUCUCGAUGCUGAGAAGGCCGAGCUGGAGCACAGUCGUUCCGAUCUAGAGUCAAAACUCGAACGUGAAAGGGCGGUGACUGCCGAGUUGCGUCGAGCAUUAGACGAGAAGGCGUCCGAACUUGAAGCUUCUCGUAAGACACUCAACCGGGAUCGGCCAAUUUUGCAGGACGCGACCUCAUCUCCAGCUACCACCACUCCAUCUAAACAAGAAUCAAGUUAUAAAGAAGAGAUUAAAGGCCUAAAGCAUAUCGUUCAAGAACUCCAGAAAGAGAUCUCAACCUUAUCAGGUCGGGCCAAGAUGCUCGAGUCUGAGAACAAGAUGCUGUCACAGGAGACCGAUGCCCUUCGACAGGAACUCAAAGUACUAGAAGAGAAUGUCGAACAAGAUAUACUCGCCGAAGAACGAGCAUUGUCUUCUGGUGAAGGCGAUCAAUCGAAGACGAAUAGCGACUCCCAAACCAAUGCCGAAGUUGAACGUCUACGCAAACAGCUUGCUGAGGUAGAGAAGAAGACCGCACGAACUAUUCAUGAGCUCAAUAAGGAAGUGAGCGAGCUCGAGAGUCUUGUAGAAGCAAAGAUUUAUCGCGAGGACGAACUUGAACGCGAGAUCGAGCGUUUCCGACACCAAGCCUCUAAACGACCCUCCAAAUCAAGCAUCGAGCCUCCCCACUCGCAAUCACGUCACUCUGCAACAAGCAGCACGGCUACCGUAAGCCUCGACGCAAAUGGGUCCAAUUCAAAUCCCAACGCAUAUUCAAUCCGAGACUCGUCAUCAACCGCAGUGGCAAACUCGGAAGGCGAGACAGACGGUGUAUGUGAGAUUUGUGAAGGACCAGGGCACGAUAUCUUUUCGUGCCCCUUACUCAAAGAUGGGUCAGGCACUGAGACACUUCCUUCAACUAAAUCGACUUCCUCGGGAGGAGGACAGAGAGGAGGACGAGAACCCGUAGAGACGGAUUUAUUCUGUGAAGACUGUGAAAGUCACGGACACUUAGCUGCGGAUUGUCCAUAUUCUUCUGAUGUUUUCUAAUUCCUUCCUUAUAUCGCAUUUCCCAGUUACUCUCCAUUUCUUUAUGCUCUCCUUAAAGCUGCUCUAUCGGAUUUCGUACAAUAUGUAGAUGUCGGAAUUGUUUAUUUCCUUUCUUCUGAUUUUGAGAACGUCUUACCGUCCUUAUCAUCUGCCAUCAAUUCAUGUUUGCUUUCCGCUGUCUCUUAUACCGCGCCCCCGUCACUUCCGCCGUCCCUUCUGCCGACGUUCUUUGCAUCCAUCUCUUUCUGGCCAUUCGCCCUUCUUCCUUACCACUCC